AUGGGUUUAUUGAGAGGUUGUGGGAAUCAAGAUCUAUUCGUUUUCAUUGAUCACUGUUUCACACCAUCAUCAUCAUCAUCAUCAUCGAUGCCACCUUCACUCUCUGACAUUAUGGAAGUAUUAUCACACUCAAAUUAUAUUUAUUUAUCACAAGGAUCGAAUUCACAAUAUCCAAACACCCCAUCCUAUAUGUUUGGUACAAACAAUAACAACGAAACCAACAACAACAACAACAACAAAUCAUCACCAUCCUCCUCUUCGUCAUCGUCGACUCCCGUCUCUGGCUAUUCAUUGCCAUCUUCCCCAAACUCUAUGGUUCCCUCUCAAUCAUCCUACCAUAACCAUGGUGGUGGUCAACAACACCAUCAACACCAACAACAACAACAACAACCCAACAACUAUAAUAAUAAUAUAAAUUACAAUAACUAUAAUAAUAAUAAUGUUCCAAAUUCACCAACAUCAAUAGGACGUCAGCAACAAUCUGGAUCAGUGUCACCUGUUCCAUCGUCGUCGACGACGACAAGUCCAACAUGGCGCAAAUGUUGUGUCAAUGCAAACUGCCUAUUGUGUAAUUUGGGAACACCCAGAUGUCUUUGCAUGAACCAUCCAUCGUGGACACUUAUUUUGCGUGUUGUGCAAGACGCUCUUUCGCACUCGCGUUUCUUCAAGUCUGGACGUCACACCCUCCGUUGCAACGGGUACUGGCAACUCAAGCUCCCAUGCAACCCAUGGAACUAUGCCAACUCUAAGCAAUUUGAAGCACUUCGUUUUGAAGAGUUGUCAAGUCAACAAGGUGGCAACGGCGACAAUGUCCCCCUCUCCCCACACCACUCCAUGUCUUCACCAAGUCACCAUGGUAGCAGCAGCAGUAGUAACGGGUCAUCCACCCCAUCAUCUGAAAUAUCAUGGCGUAUUGAAUCCAAGUCUAGUAACAAUGGAAUCAACUCUUCAUCAUCGUCAUCUGCAUUCCUCAAAUUCAAUAAUAAUAUUGUUGAAUCUAAAUUAAUGGAUAUUAAACAAUUAUUAUCUGAAUCUUCUAGUCAUCACAACCAUCAUAAUCAUAGUCAUAGUCACAACGACCAUCAUCACCAGAGUGAUUCAUUAUAUGAUCAUCCAUCAUCACCCCUUUCCGAUCCAGGACAAUACCAACAUCACAAACAAUCCUAUUCAUCGACCCUAUCCACUCCAUCCUCUUUUAGUAGUCGUCUCAAACUUUCCAACUCUAUUUCAUCACUUUCAUUAUUAUCAGAAACUGCUUCAUCUGUCAUUUCUUCGUCAAAACCAAAAUAUAAUAAUAAUAAUAAUAAUAACAAUAAUACUUUAUCAUUUGAAUCAUCACCAUCUUUUCAUAGUUAUCAUUCCCCUCCAUCUCCACAACUUCAACAACAACAACAACAACAACAACAACAAUUACCAUCUUUACAAUAUCCAAUUGAAAUGAACAAUAAUAAUAAUAAUAAUAAUAGAAAUAAUAAUAGUAAUAAUAGUAUAAUUGGAGGAUUUAAUAGUUUAAAUUAUCAUUUGGAUGAAGAAUUGGUUAGUUCAAAAAUUCAUCAAAUGAAAUCAAUUUUAAAUUGUACUGUUUGA